AAAAGACUUUUCUUGGGAGAACAAAUGUCAAAAGAAAAGAGCUUGGGGGAGUUCAUUAUUAGCCUAAUAUUCUUUCUUCAUUUCCUACGGCUGCUGGGUUUGUGUUUACACACAUAAAGCUCUUUCUCUUUUUUUGAUUUGCUUUCAAUAGAAGAAGUAAAGAGCUGAGUGAGUGAGUGAUUGGUUUCUUUCUUGGGUGUAUAAAUGGGAGCUUGUUUCAGCAAUCGGAUCAAAACAGAUAUUGCUUCCAGCACAUGGCUAAGUUCGAGAUUCUUGAGUAGAGAUGGGAGCAAGGGGUCAUCGAGCACUUCUUUCUCUCACGUGCCUCGAACAGAAGGCGAGAUCUUGCAAAAUGCUAAUCUCAAGAGCUUUACCCUCAGUGAACUCAAGUCAGCAACGAGGAGCUUCCGCCUUGAUAGUAUGGUUGGUGAAGGUGGCUUUGGUCGCGUUUUCAAAGGAUGGAUCGAUGAGACUUCCUUGGCUCCUUGUAAACCAGGGACUGGACUCGUCAUUGCAGUGAAAAAACUCAACCAAGAAGGGCUUCAAGGUCACCGAGAAUGGCUGGCUGAGAUCAACUAUUUAGGUCAGCUGAAUCAUCCUAACCUUGUGAAACUGAUUGGGUACUGCUUGGAUGAAGAGCAGAGGCUGCUUGUUUAUGAGUUCAUGCCUCGUGGGAGUCUUGAGAAUCACUUAUUCAGAAGAGGAACAUUCUAUCAGCCACUUCCAUGGAACACAAGGGUUAGAAUGGCUCUUGGUGCAGCUAGAGGACUCGCUUUUCUUCACAAUGCUCAGCCACAGGUUAUAUACCGAGACGUCAAAGCAUCCAACAUCUUGCUAGAUUCGAACUACAGGGCAAAGCUUUCGGACUUCGGCUUGGCUAGAGAUGGUCCAAUGGGUGACAAGAGCCAUGUCUCUACCAGAAUCAUGGGAACUCAAGGAUACGCUGCUCCAGAAUAUCUAACCACUGGUCAUUUAUCGGCAAAGAAUGAUGUGUACAGUUUUGGGGUGGUGUUACUGGAGUUGUUAUCAGGAAGACGAGCAAUCGACAGGAACCAACCGGUGGGAGAACACAAUCUAGUUGACUGGGCGAAGCCUUACCUAGUAAACAAAAGAAGGCUUCUUCGAGUGAUGGAUCCUCGUCUCCAAGGUCAAUACUCGCUAACCCGAGCUUCAAAGAUUGCACUUCUUGCACUCGAUUGCAUAUCAAUAGAUGCCAAGAGUAGACCGGACAUGAAGGAUAUCGUCAAGACGCUGGAAGAACUUCAUGUCCAGAAGGAAACACCAAAAGAGGAGGAGCAGAAUCUUCAACCCAGCAGUGAUAACAACAACAACAACAAAUCUCCGCAAGCUGUGAACUAUCCUAGGCCUUCAAUCAUGUAACAAGGAAUUUAGAGAUGUAUAUACUCUUUAACCUUCUCUCUGUGUUAGGUAUUGUUUCAUAGGAACAAGGGUGUCUUAAUUUUUGUCCACUUAAACAACACAAAAAGAAGAAGGUUUUGUUGCCAUA